CCGCCAGGGGGCGCGCGGGAGCGCCGCCUCCCCUUCCGGCCGCCGCCGCGAUGCCGAUGAAGGGCCGCUUCCCGGUGCGCCGGACCCUGCAGUACCUCAGCCAGGGCGACGUCGUGUUCAAGAGCUCGGUGAAGGUGAUGACCGUGAACUACAACACGGCUGGAGAACUGAGCGAAGGCGCAAGAAAGUUCGUGUUUUUCAACAUCCCCCAGAUCCAGUACAAGAACCCCUGGGUGCAGAUCAUGCUGUUCAGGAACAUGACUCCCUCGCCCUUUCUGCGGUUCUACCUGGACAGUGGAGAACAAGUUUUGGUAGACGUGGAAGAUAAAACCAACAGAGAGAUAACAGAGCACAUUAAAAAAAUCCUGGGGAAAAGCAAAGAAAUGCUUGAUAAAGAAGAAAGAGAAAGGAAAAAACUAUCACAUCCAGCAACCUUUGGGCCCAAGAAGUAUCAUCUGCGAGAAUGCAUGUGUGAGAUUGAAGGCCAAGUUCCCUGUCCUGCUUUUGUACCAUUGCCCAAAGAGAUGAGGGGAAAAUACAAAGGUGCCAUGAAAAAUGAGGCAUGAGCCUGACAUUUCAAGAUCUCAAGUCAUGGAGCUAUUUUGCCUCAGGACUGGACAAUGAAGGUGCUUCAGUGAGAGACAAGAGGCAGCAGUUCCUGGGAACAGGAACAAGCAAGUUCAUUCAAUACAGAGAACUCUGCGCCAUAAGGCUUCUUAUAACUACAACUAGAAGUAUUCAGUGAGAAAUAAAUAAAAGUUAAAACUGGCACCAAAAAAAGCUGUGGUUCUACGAAGUACUGCAGGUAGUCAGUUAUGGCAAAACUAAGAUCAUGUUUUCUUUGGGAUAGAGUGGCUAGACUAAAAAAUUUAAUCUUAAAAGUAGCACAGAAUUCCAUAAUUUGUAGAAAGUGGUGCAAAAGUCCAUAUUGUACCAACUAAAGACAGACAAAUGAUAACAUAACUCCAGUCUCAAUUGAACUUUCCUAAUUUAUGUAGUUAUGAAUCAGAAACAGUUCAGAGUCUCAUUUCCAGGAAGAUACAACUUUUGCUGUUGAUACUGCAGCUCUGAGAAGCACUGAUCAAGUUGGGAAUAUCAGCAGGAAAGGAGAAUGGGAAAAUUGGUUUAUAAAAGGCAAGUUUUACAAUUACCAAAAAAACCCUUUCUGAAUCAUUACAGUUUCUGCCUCACCAAUUACACCAUCCCUGUAAUAUGUAUAAACAUGAUAGAUUGUACUCUACAGACCUUUACGUCAGGCUUAUAUGUACAAGUCACUGUAGAAAUGUAUUGCAGCAUUUCUGAAUUCAGUUGAAUACAAAAUUUCACACUGAUGCAAGCAUCCUGUACAAAUUGCCAAGAACACAACACAAAAUAAACACGUUGCUUUAUUUCA